GAGCUGCCUGGUAAUAUAGGGAGGCCGGCGCUGAGGGCUCCGCCGCCGCCGCCGCCACCGCGGGAGCCGGAGCUGCGGGCGGAGCGGCGUCCGCGCCAGGCUGGAGCGGGAGGGCGGCGGAGCGCAGUUGCCGGGAAUAUUUCGGCCGGGAGGACGGGCGAUCCGGAGACGGAGCCGGCCAGCCCGGGAGCGGCGGGGAGCGCGGGCGCCGGAGCGAGCGGAGCAAACCUCCGAGUCGAUCUGGAGCGCCGGCUUCCCGGAGGAAAUGGGACUGUGACCGAACCGGGAGCAAGAAGGGAAGGAAGCGCCGGGAUUGCUGAUGUCAGAGCAGCCCGGAAAGUCGCGCUGGGAAAACCUGAAGACGGCCGGGGCUCUGCCUCUUCCCCACGAGAGACACCACCGGCCACCCCCACACGCCCCCUCGGCGCCCCCGGGUGCCCCCCGCGAGCCGGCGACUGCGCCCGGCGGGGCUGCCGAGCGGCGACGGAGGACUGAGGGGCGCGCGGACCGGAGACCGAGGGGCCACUUCAGGAAUACAGAUAAGUGGCUGGCGGCUUGACGUGGAUUUUAAUGAAUUUGGACUCCAUGUGGAUUUGGUCGUCCCCGUGAUUCCGAGCUGCGGGCAGGGAGAGGGGCCUCGCGCCGCCCUCGGCAGCCGGCGGCCGGGGCGGACGGAGCAGGGACGGAAGGACAGACAGACGUCGCCGAGCUGGAACCAUGUGCGGGCCGACCUAGGAAGGCGGGGCAGAUGAGCUCACAGAGGCGCCGUCUCCUCGCCCCCGCCCCUCUCAGGAUGGAACUGAGGGGUCCCUGGCCCCGGGCCGCGGAGGUUGACAGCUGGUCCGUGGUCCUGCUCUCGGUGGUCUGGGUGCUGCUGGCCCCCCGGGCGGCCGGCAUGCCUCAGUUCAGCACUUUCCACUCCGAGAACCGGGACUGGACCUUCAACCACUUGACGGUCCACCGAGGCACGGGGGCCGUGUACGUGGGGGCCAUCAACCGGGUCUACAAGCUGACGGGCAACCUGACCAUCCAGGUGGCUCACAAGACGGGGCCGGAAGAGGACAACAAGUCGUGCUACCCGCCGCUCAUCGUGCAGCCCUGCGGCGAGGUGCUGACCCUCACCAACAACGUCAACAAGCUGCUCAUCAUCGACUACUCCGAGAACCGGCUGCUGGCCUGCGGCAGCCUCUACCAGGGCGUCUGCAAGCUGCUGCGGCUCGACGACCUCUUCAUCCUGGUGGAGCCGUCCCACAAGAAGGAGCACUACCUGUCCAGCGUCAACAAGACGGGCACCAUGUACGGCGUGAUCGUGCGCUCCCAGGGCGGGGACGGCAAGCUCUUCAUCGGCACCGCCGUGGACGGGAAGCAGGACUACUUCCCGACCCUGUCCAGCCGGAAGCUGCCCCGGGACCCCGAGUCCUCAGCCAUGCUCGACUACGAGCUGCACAGCGACUUCGUCUCCUCUCUCAUCAAGAUCCCCUCGGACACCCUGGCCCUGGUCUCCCACUUUGACAUCUUCUACAUCUACGGCUUCGCCAGCGGGGGCUUCGUCUACUUCCUCACCGUGCAGCCCGAGACCCCCGAGGGGGUGGCCAUCAACUCCGCCGGAGACCUCUUCUACACCUCGCGCAUCGUGCGUCUCUGCAAGGACGACCCCAAGUUCCACUCGUACGUGUCCCUGCCGUUCGGCUGCACCCGGGCGGGGGUGGAGUACCGCCUCCUGCAGGCUGCCUACCUGGCCAAGCCGGGGGACUCCCUGGCCCAGGCCUUCAACAUCAGCGGCCAGGACGACGUGCUCUUCGCCAUCUUCUCCAAAGGGCAGAAGCAGUACCACCACCCGCCCGACGACUCUGCCCUGUGUGCCUUCCCCAUCCGGGCCGUCAACCUGCAGAUCAAGGAGCGCCUGCAGUCCUGCUACCAGGGCGAGGGCAACCUGGAGCUCAACUGGCUGCUGGGAAAGGACGUCCAGUGCACCAAGGCGCCCGUCCCCAUCGAUGAUAACUUCUGUGGACUGGACAUCAACCAGCCGCUCGGAGGCUCGACUCCAGUGGAGGGCCUGACCCUGUACACCACCAGCCGGGACCGCAUGACCUCUGUGGCUUCUUACGUGUACAACGGCUACAGCGUGGUUUUCGUGGGGACUAAGAGCGGCAAGCUGAAAAAGAUCCGGGCCGAUGGUCCUCCCCAUGGUGGGGUCCAGUACGAGAUGGUCUCCGUGCUCAAAGACGGGAGCCCCAUCCUCCGGGACAUGGCCUUCUCCAUCGAUCAGCGCUUCCUGUAUGUCAUGUCUGAAAGGCAGGUCACCAGGGUCCCCGUGGAGUCAUGCGAACAGUAUACGACUUGUGGGGAGUGCCUGAGCUCGGGGGACCCUCACUGUGGCUGGUGCGCCCUGCACAACAUGUGCUCCCGCAGGGACAAGUGCCAGCGGGCCUGGGAACCGAAUCGAUUUGCUGCCAGCAUAAGCCAGUGCAUGAGCCUCACUGUGCGCCCCAGCAGCAUCUCCGUGUCUGAGCACAGCCGGCUGCUCAGCCUGGUUGUGAGUGACGCCCCUGACCUGUCUGCGGGCAUCUCCUGUGCCUUUGGGAACCUGACGGAGGUGGAGGGGCAGGUGUCUGGGAGCCAGGUCAUCUGCAUCUCACCUGGGCCCAAGGAUGUCCCUGUCGUCCCUCUGGACCAAGACUGGUUUGGCCUAGAGCUGCAGCUGAGGUCCAAGGAGACAGGGAAGAUAUUUGUUAGCACCGAGUUCAAGUUCUACAACUGCAGCGCCCACCAACUGUGCCUGUCCUGUGUCAACAGCGCCUUCCGCUGCCAUUGGUGUAAAUACCGUAACCUCUGCACUCAUGAUCCCACCACCUGCUCCUUCCAGGAGGGCCGGAUUAAUAUUUCAGAGGACUGUCCCCAGCUGGUGCCCACGGAGGAGAUCCUGAUUCCAGUUGGGGAGGUGAAACCGAUCACCCUCAAGGCUCGCAACCUGCCGCAGCCGCAGUCUGGCCAGCGCGGCUACGAGUGCGUGCUCAGCAUCCAGGGCGCCGUGCACCGGGUGCCCGCCCUGCGCUUCAACAGCUCCAGCGUGCAGUGCCAGAACAGCUCGUACCAGUAUGACGGGAUGGACAUCAGCAACCUGGCCGUGGACUUCGCCGUGGUGUGGAAUGGCAAUUUCAUCAUUGACAACCCACAGGACCUGAAAGUCCACCUGUACAAGUGUGCGGCCCAGCGAGAGAGCUGCGGCCUCUGCCUCAAGGCCGACCGGAAGUUCGAGUGCGGCUGGUGCAGCGACGAGCGCAGGUGCACCCUCCACCAGCACUGCUCCAGCCUCUCCAGCCCCUGGCUCGACUGGUCCAGCCACAAUGUCAAGUGCUCCAACCCCCAAAUCACGGAGAUUUUGACCGUGUCCGGACCACCUGAAGGAGGGACCCGAGUGACCAUCCACGGCGUGAACCUGGGUCUGGACUUCUCCGAGAUCGCCCACCACGUGCAGGUGGCUGGGGUGCCCUGCACACCCCUCCCAGGGGAAUACAUCAUCGCCGAGCAGAUCGUGUGCGAGAUGGGCCACGCGCCCGUGGGAACCGCCUCCGGGCCGGUGCGCCUGUGCAUUGGCGAGUGUAAGCCCGAGUUCAUGGCCAAGUCCCAUCAGCAGUACACCUUCGUGAACCCUUCCGUGCUGUCGCUCAACCCUAUCCGAGGGCCGGAGUCAGGAGGCACCAUGGUGACCAUCACAGGCCAUUACCUCGGGGCUGGGAGCAGCGUGGCAGUGCACCUGGGCAACCAGACCUGCGAGUUCUACGGGAGGUCGAUGAAUGAGAUCGUGUGUGUCUCACCGCCCUCGUCCAAUGGGCUGGGCCCGGUGCCUGUCUCCGUGAGCGUCGACCGAGCCCGCGUGGAUAACAGCCUGCAGUUCGAGUACAUAGAUGACCCUCGGGUGCAGCGCAUCGAGCCCGAGUGGAGCAUCGCCAGCGGCCACACUCCCCUGACCAUCACGGGCUUCAACCUGGAUGUCAUUCAGGAGCCGAGGAUCCGAGUCAAGUUUAACGGCAAAGAAUCUGUCAACGUGUGCAAAGUUGUGAACACAACCACCCUCACCUGCCUGGCGCCCUCUCUGACAACGGACUACCGGCCGGGCCUGGACACGGUGGAACGGCCAGAUGAGUUCGGAUUUGUCUUUAACAACGUCCAGUCUCUGCUGAUUUACAACGACACCAAGUUCAUCUACUACCCCAACCCGACCUUUGAACUGCUCAGCCCCACUGGAGUCUUGGACCAAAAGCCAGGAUCACCCAUCAUUUUGAAGGGCAAAAACCUCUGCCCUCCUGCCUCCGGAGGGGCCAAACUCAACUACACGGUGCUGAUUGGAGAGACGCCUUGCACCGUCACCGUGUCCGAGACCCAGCUCCUCUGCGAGCCCCCUGCCCUCACGGGACAGCACAAGGUCAUGGUUCACGUGGGCGGGAUGGUGUUCUCGCCGGGCUCGGUGAGCGUCGUCUCAGACAGCCUGCUGACCCUGCCAGCCAUCGUCAGCAUCGCGGCCGGCGGCAGCCUGCUCCUCAUCAUCGUCAUCAUCGUCCUCAUCGCCUACAAGCGCAAGUCUCGGGAAAACGACCUCACGCUCAAGCGGCUCCAGAUGCAGAUGGACAACCUGGAGUCCCGGGUGGCCCUGGAGUGCAAGGAAGCUUUUGCUGAGCUCCAAACAGAUAUCAAUGAGCUGACCAGCGACCUGGACCGCUCGGGAAUCCCCUACCUGGACUACCGUACCUACGCCAUGCGGGUGCUGUUCCCCGGCAUCGAGGACCACCCGGUCCUGCGGGAGCUGGAGGUGCAGGGAAACGGGCAGCAGCACGUGGAGAAGGCCCUGAAGCUCUUCGCGCAGCUCAUCAACAACAAGGUGUUCCUGCUCACCUUCAUCCGCACCCUGGAGACGCAGCGCAGCUUCUCCAUGCGUGACCGCGGCAACGUGGCCUCGCUCAUCAUGACCGGCCUGCAGGGCCGCCUGGAGUACGCCACCGACGUCCUCAAGCAGCUGCUCUCCGACCUCAUCGACAAGAACCUGGAGAACAAGAACCACCCCAAGCUGCUUCUCCGGAGGACGGAGUCUGUGGCCGAGAAGAUGCUGACCAACUGGUUUGCCUUCCUCCUGCACAAGUUCCUGAAGGAGUGCGCCGGGGAGCCGCUCUUCAUGCUGUACUGCGCCAUCAAGCAGCAGAUGGAGAAGGGCCCCAUCGACGCCAUCACGGGCGAGGCCCGCUACUCCCUGAGCGAGGACAAGCUCAUCCGGCAGCAGAUCGAGUACAAGACGCUGAUCCUGAACUGCGUCAACCCCGACAACGAGAACAGUCCGGAGAUCCCAGUGAAGGUGCUGAACUGUGACACCAUCACGCAGGUCAAGGAGAAGAUCCUCGAUGCCGUGUAUAAGAACGUGCCCUACUCCCAGCGGCCGAGGGCUGUUGACAUGGACUUGGAGUGGCGCCAAGGCCGGAUCGCCAGGGUCGUGCUGCAAGACGAGGACAUCACCACCAAGAUCGAGGGGGACUGGAAGCGGCUCAACACGCUGAUGCAUUACCAGGUGUCAGACAGGUCCGUGGUGGCUCUGGUCCCCAAACAGACGUCUUCCUACAACAUCCCUGCCUCUGCCAGCAUCUCCCGGACGUCCAUCAGCAGAUACGACUCCUCCUUCAGGUACACGGGCAGCCCCGACAGCCUGCGGUCCCGGGCCCCCAUGAUCACCCCGGACCUCGAGAGUGGGGUGAAGGUGUGGCAUCUGGUGAAGAACCACGACCACGGUGACCAGAAGGAGGGCGACCGGGGCAGCAAGAUGGUGUCGGAGAUCUACCUGACCCGGCUACUGGCCACCAAGGGCACCCUGCAGAAGUUCGUGGACGACUUGUUCGAGACCCUGUUCAGCACUGUGCACCGCGGCAGCGCGCUCCCCCUGGCCAUCAAGUACAUGUUCGAUUUCCUGGAUGAGCAGGCAGACAGGCACAGCAUCCACGACACAGAUGUGCGGCACACCUGGAAAAGCAACUGCCUCCCUCUGCGCUUCUGGGUGAACGUGAUCAAGAACCCCCAGUUUGUAUUCGACAUCCACAAGGGCAGCAUCACGGACGCCUGCCUCUCCGUGGUGGCCCAGACCUUCAUGGACUCCUGCUCCACGUCGGAGCACCGGCUGGGCAAGGACUCCCCCUCCAACAAGCUGCUGUACGCCAAGGACAUCCCCAGCUACAAGAGCUGGGUGGAGAGAUACUACGCAGACAUCGCCAAGCUCCCGGCCAUCAGUGACCAGGACAUGAACGCCUACCUCGCCGAGCAGUCCCGCCUGCACGCCGUGGAGUUCAACAUGCUGAGCGCCCUCAACGAGAUCUACUCCUACGUCAGCAAGUACAGCGAGGAGCUCAUCGGGGCCCUGGAGCAGGACGAGCAGGCGCGGCGACAGCGGCUGGCGUACAAGGUGGAGCAGCUCAUCCACGCCAUGUCCCUGGAGAGCUGAGAGCAGCCUCGCCUCUCUGGGUGGAGGGACCCACCCAAGCGGUCGCGCGGGGAGUCUCGGAAGCGAGGACUAGCGAAGGGGAUGAGGCCCCAGAGCUUGCUGCUGCCCCGAGCCCCCAACCUGGGGAGAGGGGAGGGCCCCUCUCCCUCCGCCAGCCAAGUUUCGUCACAGCCAGUCCCUGCCGGGAGAGCCCGUGGGCGCCACCCGUCCCCCGCCACAGGGACAGGGGCGGCGGGCGAGCGCCGGGCCAGGAGGAGGCGGCUCUUCGGGCUGAGAGGCACGUGGGCACGGCCCUGCCUCCGUGACUGCUGCUUUGCAUGAAACUCAUUUGAUGUAUAUUGGGGGGAAAUAAUGAGAACUUUAUUUAAUUUUUUUUAAGAAAAAGGAAAAGAAAAAAACAGAAAUAAAACAAAAAAGCCACCCUGUUCAUCCCGUCCAACUUCUGUUUAAUUCUGAUUUCUGUCUCCCCGCCUUCUCUCCCCACCCCCGCCUCCUCCCUCGUCCAACUCCUGUCCCCAAAGGCCAGAAAAACCCUACAAAGAGGUGCUGAGGGAAGUUGCAGGGAGAACAAUUGUCUCGUUUUCCUUGAAAUUAAAAAAAGAGAGAAAGAGAGGGAGGGGACAAAGAAGAGCAGAAGAAGAAUGAGCACAAGUUCCCACCAAACUCUUCGCAAAAAAUCAAGGCCAGUGAAACCGGAUCCCUGCCAUGGCCGGAAGAGCGAGGAACCGCAGAACUUUGCCCCGUCCGCACCUGGCUGCCGGGAACCUGAGCUGUACACACCCCACACCUGUAUGUUCUCCCCUCUCGGGAGGAGACACAUACCUGGAUAGCACCGAUGCUUUUGGCUACUGUGCUUUGUUUGCUUUAUUUCAUCCCAAACCUCAACCAAGGAGGAGCUGGUCUUUGGUACUUUUCCUUUUGGUUUCCCCAAAGCUACUCUCAGAAGCAGGGUGAGGUGGGCCUCUCCCGGACCAGACACCUGGCCCCCCUGAGGACACUGGGCCGCCGCGCCCCGCAUCCGCCCCUGUCAUAAACGAGGCCUCCUGGAGAAACGGUCUGAGGCCAUUGGAGGCCGGGCCUCCGGGAGGUACCCUUUUGGGAGCUGAUUUAGGAACAGGGGUGUUUGGCUUUGCAUUCCACUCCAAUCUUCCAGUGAGUGGUUUCUGGCCACAACAAAGGAAACAAAACUCAGACACUGUUUACAACAAGCAAUACUUGAAGAGCAUGGGUUAAAGAAGCCUCGGUAUUUAUUAUUACGCUUUCUUGCUUUCAUUCUCUCGUGCCUGGAGAGGGGAGACAGCCCUUCGCCCGUGCAUGGAAGCUCCUGACCGCCUGGGCCUACGGCACUCCCCCAGGAGCGGCGGCUGCGGCAGGUCUCGCCCGACGCCUCUCCUGGACUUGCGGGUUGGAACGACAAGAGGACGGCUUCUCACUGCACCCCUUUCCUGCUCGCUCUCUGUCCGCUAAUGACACCGAAAACCACGGCCGGCCAGCUCUCCUGAGUGUAGCUGCCCGACAGGGACACCAGAGCCCCACGCGAAGGUCCAGAGGCCCCACGGAAACCAGUGGGAGUCACCCAGAGGGAAAGCGCUCUGUCGGCAGGAGGACCUCGAUGACCGGGACGGCGUGAGAGUGCCCAGGACACCCGUGCUGGCACAGAUCCAAGCGGCGUAGGCGUUGGGGUAGGAGGACAAGAGAAAGGAGAGGAAGUCGGGAGGGGGGGGGCAGGAGAGGAAUCACCUCCCCUUCCCACUUUCCAAGGGGUGGGGAAUCCCAGGCUGUCAUGCUGGGAAGCUGGACCGGCUUCCCCAAGAGACACUGGACCAGGGGCAUUUCCUCUGCAACUCACUCUGGGCCCCAGCUCCUCCGUGCCCGGCUUCACCCCAAGCGAGUCCGACUUCCAAAGGCUCUGCUGACCACAUGCGAUUCCCAGGCAAGGGCUGGGGGCAGCAGCGCGAGGGCUGCCUCCCAUCCUGGGCGUGUGGCUUUGGAUUCACUGUCUUAACCACACAGCAGACGUCGCCUGGUCUCCUCAGCUCCAGUUUCCUGCCUGAAUGCAGCUGACAAAUGGGAAUAGAAAAGCAUUCAGCAGAAUACUCAGGAAACGUGCUGUUUUCAUUAUUAUUCACAACCAGCCAUGCCAAGGCCACUUUCUUCUGAUAAUCCACUUCUGUGAAAGUUUCUCGGGUCCUAUUAAUAGCCUGAAAGACAUACUAAUGACUGGCCUUCCGCACUGAGCCAAAGUGUUUGCUCAGCCUCGCACCCAAAGCUUAUCAGCGCCCAGCGCCCAUCCUUCAUGGAGAUGAAAGGGGAGGAGAUACGGGCAGAGAAGGACGUGAGCAGGAGACUUCGUGCUACUGUGAAAAAUUCCAGCCCACCCCAUCUCACUCCCGAGCUCUGUCUGAGUGAAGGUUUUCUCAUCACUCUGCCACUGAGACACGCUACACCUGCAAGUAAAAGGAAGUCAGGCAUCUCCGCACGCCUGCACCAGCCUUACCUGUGCAUCUGCUUGGCGUCUCCCAGCAGCUACGUUUGGGGAUCCUUCACCGCCCCUGGGGCGCUUCCCUGAAGGUUUCUGGAGAGCGUGGAGAAGGACGGGGGACGGCCAAUUGAGGGGCGAAGAGGGAAGCGCCCAAGCUGGCUGUGAGUGGGCUGGCCACAGUUCUCAGGAUUGCAUGACAGAGCUGGGGAACUCGGGCUGGCAAAGGAAGUGGCACACAGGGGCACCCUUAAGGAAAGAAUUAAGAAAAAAGGAAAGCUCUGCUGGACUCAGGCCAGGCAGGCCAUGAGGGUGAAAGGUCGCAGAGCCCCGGGCCCCUCUCCAGCUUCCCACCUGUCCCUCUUGCACACUUCUUGGCUUUGGGCCACCCAGAACCAAUGGAAUCCGCACUCUGUGGAAUGGGGAGGAGAGGGAGUGUGUCUUCUCCCCAUUAUCCAAUCUGAGAAUAUUUUGACCUUGUGUAAGGAAGAAGGAUUAAAGCCACAGCCCCUCCCCGCAGGAAGCUGUCUGUCUUGCGGGGAGGCAGAGAGGGAAGUCUCUCUCCAAAGUCAGCUUUGCUUCGUUUCGUGGAUCUGCACGAGAGUGACAAUGGUCUGGAGAAGGACAAGGACCCCGGAGAGUGCUUGGCAAGACAGAGGUUGCUAACAUACAGGAUGGAGACCAAGUCCCUGCAGCUGGAUUCUGCUGCUGCCUCCUGCCCUCGGCGUGGGGUUGGGUGCUUCUGUGUCUGCUGUCCUACCUCUCUCCACGGCGAGACGGCUCUCAAAACCAUCUCCCAUCCAUCCACACUGGCAGGGAGCUCCCCUCCUCGCAGAGCACGGUCAUUAGGAGCUUGGAUCAGCUGUUGCGCUCACUGGAGGAGGCAACAAUUUCCUGCAUUCAUUCAUUAGGGGAAUCUUCUUGGGCAGCCACUAUCUAGGUGUGGGGAAAACAGCAAUGGCGAAGACCAAGAAGAUCCUUCUAGCUAAUUGGUAUUCUUCAGGCUGCCAAAUUCCUGCCACCAACUUCCCAGGCUCAGUUCUCCUCCCCUCCUGGGAGAACCUGGCAGAGGACACCAGUUUUGUAGGGGAGGGGGCCCGGCCGGCGAAGUGGACCCACCCAGCUGCCUUACCUUCUCCUGGGGACGUCCCCCCAGCAGAGAGAGAGCCGCUCCUGUCUCCCGUCGCCGCCGUCCCUCUGGGCGGCACUUUGCCUGCUGCUCGAGCUCCCGACCUUCCUGCAAUUCCACCAAAUGAGGACAAGACAUAGCAGUUAGCCCCCUGGCCCCGCUGAGCGAGGAGCAGAAGCAAGGAGUUUGCUAGACAAAACAUGGUCUGGGCAGAACAAACAGGGAAUGUCUGGAAGCCUCCGGCUGAUCAAUCUCCAGGUGCGUGCCAGCCGCCACACCUGCCCCCACCAACCUGCUGCCCAUAAAUACGGAGCCAGCAGCUGCUCUGGGGAGGCUGUGCAUUGCCAGCCACACUGUGUCAUGCCAGCGACUCCCGGGGCUGGACACAGACAGGAAAGAAUUGAGCCUCAGUGGGACUCCGUGGGUGAGGAAAUGCCAAGUGGUCUCAUAGAUGAAGUUCAGGGCCUUCUGAAGCCUUGUCUCAGGAACGUGCUUUGAGGAUGUGCUGGCAACCUUUCCACAACUCACAGUCUCCCUGCCCUGUCCCCUCCUUCUCCCAGUGUCCCCAAAGUAUGACGUUUUAGCACGUGGGGCUCGGCGCUCCCUGCAAAUGAAGGAUAGAGUUGCACCCUUGGUAUUCCCAAGCAGUACUAGGGAAAGUCCUGGGAGACAGUCACCAGGGCUUGUCGGGCAGAGCCUUAGCCCAGCGAGCAAACUGGAGAGGGUCCUCAGCCUUUCGUGGACACCCGCGUCUCCUCCUCCUCCCCAGCCCUCCCUGCGGACUGAGCUGUCCCCACCGCAGGGCAGCGGGCUCCCUCCUGCCCCAGCCUCAAGGAAGGCGGGGCACCUUCUGGAUUUCAGCCACAAGCCUCGCCUUGACUUUGUCUGCCCUCCACACUGGCAUCAAAGGCGGAGGGCGUAACGGAACACGGUCCCCGGCAAACAGAGCAGACGUCCUCGGGUGUGUAGGGGAAGAGGGGACAAGCUCUAUGUACCGUGAGACGAGGGGCCUGAGCCCACCUGCCUUUCCCCCCAACUUCUCCUACUCAAACCCACUCCUCUCGACACACUGGAAUCUGUAUUAUAUAUAUUUUUAAGAAAAUACAAUGAUGGUUGUCUGGUUUUCCUUGUUUUUACAGGUGUUGUGGAAUAAGAGCUGUAAGAAAAAUUAAGUAUUUAAAAUGUUCCAAUAAAAAAAAAAACGGGAUUUUUUUUGUUAUUCUAAUAUAUUACUGUGUACCUAUUGUAAAUAUGAAACACGCCUAUUUUGCAAGCCAAGGACACAAUUUGUACUGUUGUUAUAUAUAAAUAAAGUUUACUGAAUAAAAAAAAAAAAACAA